AUGAGUUCUGGCAUACAUGCAUCAAAGGGACUGUUGCAGGACGCCCUACAAAGCGUUGUGGAUCACCCCCAAACUGUUGUUCUUACAGCGGCUAUUGGCUUGGUGAUUCUCUUUGUGGCGGAUACUUUGCGGGUAUGGUAUCGUCUGUCUAACGUACCGGGGCCGUUUCUAGCGGGGUUUUCAAAGGUUUGGAUGGUGAAAGAGUCUUUCAAGGGAGAGCAGCCGUAUGCAAUCCAGAGAGCAAAUGAGAAAUAUGGGUCACUCGUGCGCAUUGGUCCCAAUGAAUUGGCCACAGACGAUCCUCAGCUGCUGCGACGUAUGAUGUCUGCUCGUUCAUCGUAUACAAGAGGCCCUUGGUACAACGCUCUCCGUUUUGAACCCGGAAAGGACAAUCUCUUCUCCAUGCGUGAUGAUGACGCCCAUAAAGAAUUACGCAACAAGAUGACUGCAGGUUACUCAGGCAAAGAGAAUCCGUCUCUGGAGCGGGCUGUCGAUGCCCAGAUCGCCAACUUCAUCACACUCCUUGAAACAAGGUAUCUGUCAACGGAGGAAGAAUAUCACCCAGUGGACUUUGCCCAGAAGGUACAGUUCUUCACCUUGGAUGUUAUCAGCGAUCUUGCCUUUGGUGAGGCUUUUGGGUACCUGGAGAAAGAUGAAGACGUAUUCGAUUUCAUCAGUAUUACUCGCUCGUAUUUCCCCGUUACUCUGGUCAUGGCGAACCUCCCAAUAGUGGUUGACCUGUUGCACUCCAGGCUGUUCAGUGGGCUUCUGCCAAAAGAGACCGACAAUCUUGGUUUCGGAGCUUUCAUUGGUGUCGCCAACAGGAAAAUUGCAGAGCAAUUCGCGCCGAACGCUGAGCCGCGUGCAGACAUGAUAGGGUCUUUCAUCCGUCACGGCCUCAGCCAAGAACAAGCGUCUCGAGAGUCGCUGCUCAACGUCGUCGCCGGAGGCGAUACAACAGCAACCACGAUCCGCAUGGUAAUGGUGUGUCUUUUCACCAACCCAGUAGCUUACAGAAAGCUUCAGAAAGAGAUAGACAACGCUAUCGAUGUCAGGGCCAUAUCAUCUCCCAUCACCGAUGCUGAGGCGCGGAAGCUUCCUUAUCUACAGGCUAUUAUUCAGGAAGGUCUACGAAUCAAGGCCCCCGCCGCUGGACCGCUCUUUAAGCAGGUUCCCAAGGAAGGUGACUACAUCGAUGGAAAGUUUAUCCCAGGCGGAACUCAAAUUGGCACAUCUCCAUUCAGUAUUUACCACUCCAAGGAGAUUUUCGGUCAAGAUGCUAGUAUCUUUCGGCCUGAACGAUGGCUGAAUGCUAACCCCGCGCGUCUCGAAUUUAUGUCUGAGACAGUCAGCCUUGUGUUUUCGAGUGGAAAGUGGCAAUGUAUCGGUAAGCCAGUUGCUAUCAUGGAGCUGAACAAGAUUUUUAUCGAGCUAUUCCGUCGUUUUGACUUCAGUAUUGCCCGACCUGAAAGGCCUCUGAAUAUUACGAAUGCGGGUAUUUGGCUGAUUGAGGACUUUCCUGUGCGGGUAACUCAACGCGAGACUUGA